AUGAAGUACUUGUGUUUCAUUAUCUGGUUUGGUUUGAUCUCAAAUACUGUGAUCUCUCAACCAUACUCAUGCUCUUCCAUGAGUCUAGUUAGUGUUAACCAUCUCAUCCCUUUCAAUACAACUUUCAUGAAUUGCCUCACUGUUUGGAACUCAGAAUCAUUCAUUCUAAGGUAUACCAAGAGUGAGCAAAACCUAUGGAAUUUCAUCCUCUCAGCUCCAAAUUCUGGUUCAUACAUUGCAUUAGGGUUUUCUAGCAAUGGUGGCAUGGUUAAAAGUAGUGCACUUGUUGGUUGGGUUAAUAAUGAUGAUGGAAUUGGAGUUAUGAAGCAGUAUUAUCUUGGUGGUGCAAGCUCAAGGCAAUGCCUGCCAGACCAAGGGAACCUUCAAGUCAUGCAUGGAAAGUCAUUAAUAAUAUCACAUUCAUAUUCCUCAUAUUUAUAUCUUGCAUUUCAAUUGAACAUUACUCAAUUGCCACAAUACUUGAUUUUUGCUGUUGGACCAAAAGACACUUUACCGGCUUCUGAUAAUUUCCUUCCGGUUCAUCGCAAUAAAUUAUCGAUCUCCAUAAACUAUGAUACUGUGAGGAGACAUGGUUUGAUGGUGAUGAUAGGGUGGGGGAUUCUCAUGCCAAUUGGAGUCAUGGUUGCAAGGUAUUUCAAGAAGAAGAAUGAGUUAGGUCAUGGUCAUAUGAUUCAUAUUCCAACCAAUUGGUUCAACACACACAUGUGCAUUCAAGCUCUUGGGUUUGGUCUUGGACUUGGUGGUAUUAUUGCUGGCUUUGGCCUAACUAAAGCUAAUGAUGAGAGUGUGAGCUCACACAAGUCCCUUGCCAUCUCCAUCCUUUUCUUUGGCUCUUUGCAGAUGAUGGCAUUGGUUGUAAGACCUGAGAAGAGUUCAAAAAUAAGGAGAUAUUGGAAUUGGUAUCACUGGUAUGUUGGAAGAGCUGCAAUUGCCUGUGCUAUUGGGAACAUCUUCCUUGGUCUCUCUUUGGCACAUGAAGCUAAAUCAUUUACCAUUGCUUAUGUGCUUUUUCUAACUAUUUUGGCUCUUAUUUCUCUUCUCAUGGAGAUUAGAAUUAGCAGUAGUAGUCUUGCAAUCGUUCGUAUCCCUAUUCCCGCCGCUAUCCUCGUCGUCGCCGUUGCCGGAUUCCCUCGCCGGCGGCUAUUCAUCACUCCUUGGUCUCCCUCUCUUCAACUCCUCUCCUAUCCUCUUCUCGCGAAGUGA